GCUGCCGUUGAGUUGGCAGAACCGGGGUUGGGGUAGCAAGUGAGGGACGGCGGAGGAGCAACAACAACAACAACAACAGCAACAAUAAGUAGUAGCGCCGCCGAUCACGAUAUAAUCGGCCGAGUAUUCGAUUUUCACCGCCGUAUUUCGACCUCCUUCCUGCCCCGUUGGGCUGCUUGAUACCUGUCCCGGAGGCUCGGGGCCUACGGCCUGGCGACGGGGAGGAAGCCAGGGACUCGGGUAACCCGCUGGUCGUCCGCUCCCACCCUCACUCCCGCCGCUGGUUAGCCGUCUCUCCAUUCCUCUUCACCACACCGUCCCCUCCGCCGGCACCAUGUCCUCCUGGUUCGGUGGGAUUGGCUCGGGCCUGGGGCAAUCUCUGGGUCAGGUCGGGGGCAGUCUGACCUCCCUGACUGGCCAGCUCUCCAGCUUCACCAAAGACAUGUUGGCAGAAGGUGCCGAGGAAGUGCGAGAUCCUGCCAGUGAACUGCAUGUAUCCAAUUCCAGACUGAAGGAUGUUGAAACAGCUUACUCAACACAAAAAUCAGAGUAUGAACGGUUGAAGAAACUUUAUUCUGAUCUCGAAGAGAAAGAGGCAGCCGCAGAACUCCAGAUAAAGCAGCUGUCUUCGGAAUACAGAAGCCAGCUACAGCAGAAAGAAGUUACAAUAAGCCUGUUGAAAGCAAGACAGAAUUCCUUACAGGAUCAAGUACAGAAGCUCCAAUCUGCUGCUCAGUCAUCACAAGUUGGUGUUACCUCAAGCACAACCUCCACUGCCUUUCUGCCGGUAGAUGUGCCUCACGCAUCCACAUUUCAUGGGGAUACCAUGGAUUUUGGAGAUGUUAUUUGGUCCCAACACGAAAUUAACAGGCUUUCCAAAGAGGUCUCUAGGUUAGAAGUUGAAGUUGCCCAUUGGAAAGUGCUAGCCCAGGGUCAAGGUUCAGACAGUUCUGGCGAGGAUGAAAAAUACAAAUUGCAAAAGACAAUCGAGGAGAUGAAGAAGCAGCUUAGUCAGGAGAUUGAUGACCAUCAGCAUGAGCUGUCUGCUCUGCAGGAUGCACAUCGACAGAAACUAACCAACCUGACGCUCCGGCAUAGGGAUGAACUUGCAGAAUAUGAAGAACGGAUUGAAGAGUUGGAGCAGCAGUUGCAAGAAGCAGGUGUUGUGCCGUCAGACCAUUCAGUACUCCUUGAGGAGAGAGCAGAUCAAUUAGUAGCCAGAAAACAGUCUGGAGAUGAGCUGGAAAAUCAAGUUAAGACCAGGAACGAGGAAUCAGCUGAUGGUUUGCUCCAUGAGAAGGCAAAUUCUUCAACAGAGAUCCGACAACUGAAAGAAGAAUGCAAGAGACUCCAGGAGGAAUAUACAAAGUCACAGAACUAUAUUCAGGACCUGCAGGGUACCGUAGAGAAACAGAAAAAACAAUUAUCAGGGAAAGUGGCACUGGAGGAAGAAGUGUACCUACUCAGACAGGCUGUUGCAGAUGCAGAUAAUAAACUGAAGAGAUUAAGUAACACUAAUGAAGCUAAGUACAAUGGGAAAGAAGAUAUUCAAGAGCUGAAAGCAAGUCUGCAGUUGUCAAUCCAUGAAAAGGAGAAAUUGCAGAAAGAAAAGGAUGCUAUCCAAGAGGAACUUUCAAAGCUGCAGAAUACGCAGGGGAAUGGAAAUUCUCUUUCAGACCUGACCAGUCUGACAAAGGAAGUGAGUGAGCUUAGGCACAACUUGUCAACUAAAGAGAGUGAAUUGCUAGAGAUUUCCAUGCAGAAAGACACAUUAAUGUCUGAACUUGAAGAACUGGAUAAGCAGAAUCAAGAAGCCACUGAGCAUGUGAUCACAUUGAAAGAUCUACUGGCGCAGCAGCGGAAAGAUUCUGAAAACAAGCUCAAAGAAUUGCAAUCAAAACUGGAGAUUGUUGCAGUUGAUAAGGCAUUCGUGGUAAAAGAGUUAGAAUCUCAGAGAGACAAGCUGAGUCAGAGUGCUAUUACACUUAAUGAGCUGCAUAUGAGCAAGCAGCAGCUGGAAAUGAAGGUCCAAGGCCUAAUGGAGGAGUUGAGCAAAUCAAAUACACAUAGCUCUGACUUGAAGGCUGAAAAUUUAAGUCUUUUGAAUAAGGUGCAGAGUACUGAAUCGCAACUGUCAAUAGUCGAAGCAGAGUUAACACAAGCUGUUCAGCAAGCUUUAAGCAAACAAGGUCAAGAAGAAUUGCUGCAAGUUAAAGAGAGUGAAAUUUCAGAGCUAAGGAAACAGGUCUCAGAAAUGAAAUGUAUAAAUGAUGAGAUACAAAUUGACCUCAAAAUUCAGAAUGAAAAAUUGGCUGCAGAAAAGGAGGAAGCCACUGUAACUAUAAAUGAUGUUAAAGAGCAGCUUGAGGCAGCUGUAGCCAGUAGAAGUGAGAUUUCCAAGGAGGGAAUCACAUUACUGGAGGCUUUGCGAAUGGAGAAGGCCCAGCUGGAGUUUGAAUUGAACCAGGCUGAGAAACGGAUAAAUGAAGAAGCAGCAAAAUAUGAGCACACUAUCAAGGAGCUAACAAAGGCUCGAAGUUUGGAUGCAACAGCUUUGCAGAAAGAGCAGGACCAUCUUAUCAAGGCUAACCAGGAAAAGGACUUUAAGAUUGAAGAACUCAAACGUACUGUACAGCAACUAGAAACCGACCAUGAAGAGACUAGAGAAAUGCUGAAAUCUAGUUUGGAUGGACAGCAGCAGUUGACUGAUCUUUUGAAUGAAAAGGAGGUAUUUGUUGAAGCACUCAACAAAAGAAGUUCAGAGUUACAACAAGAAAUUGAAAAGAAUGUAAACAUUUCCAGAGAUUGCGAAUCCUUGAAGCAAUGUCUUGAAGAGAAAGACCGACAAUUAAGUGCAAUGAAAGAGGAAAACAACCACCUCAAGGAAGAAAUGGAUCGCUUCCGGGACCAACAAAACAGGCCUCAGCCUACUGCUGAACCCAAGACCCUUGACAUAAUAAUUGAGCUUGAGACAGAGAUAACUGAACUGAACAAUAAAAAGAACAGUCUUGAAGAGGAAAUAAGGCAGCACAAAAAGACAGUUGAGCAGCAAAAGCAAAAUAUUUUAGAGCUUCAACGUUCUAUACAAGCACAAGGGAAAGAAAGGGACGAAGCAAAAACACAGUGUCAAGAGAUUACUUCAAUGUAUGAAAAAUUAAUUUCAGAGAAAGAUAAAGAAAUUCACAGCUUGCAGGAGUCCGUUGAUCAAAUGAGAACUCAGUAUCAGAGGGAGGUCCCAGUCUCUCCUGCAGAUGCUCCAGUCAUUCUCCAAGAAACGAAAGUGCUAACAGUGAAUGGAGAGAAUGGCAAUGAAAAACAUGAUUUGUCCAAAGUGGAGAUUGACAGGCUGGUAAAAGGACUGAAAGAAAAAGAAAUGGAGAUAAAAGUAUUAAAUGAAAAAUAUUUGUCUCUGAAUAAGCAGUUGGAUCAGUUACCCAUUUUCAAAGAUGAAGUUGGUAGACUUACUCAAAUCAUUCAACAGAAAAAUGUGGAGAUCCAAACACUUCAUGCGCGGGUGACACCUGGCUCGUAUAUGCAAGUUGGUGCAGAUGUAGCCUACUUGCAACAGCAACUGCAGGCUUAUGCAAUGGAGAGAGAGCAAAUGCUAGCAGUAUUAAAUGAAAAGACAAGGGAGAACAGCCAACUGAAGACUGAAUAUCAUAGAAUGAUGGACAUUGUAGCUGCAAAAGAAGCUGCUCUGUUGAAGCUACAAGAAGAAAAUCUGAAAAUGGUCAAUAAGUAUGAGAAUGAAAGUCGAGACAUGGUACGGGAAACAAUCCAGAAUUUGUCCCGGAUUAUCCGUGAGAAGGACAUGGAAAUAGAUGCCCUUACCCAGAAGUGCCAAACUUUAGUAACUGUCUUGCAGACAUCUGGAAUGGGAUCUGGAGGCGAAUCAGGCUUGGUGAGCAGUAAUCAGUUUGAAGAGCUUUUGCAAGAGCGUGACAAACUAAAACAGCAAGUAAAGAAAAUGGAGGAAUGGAAGCAACAGGUGAUCACGACUGUUCAGAACAUGCAGCAUGAAUCUGCUCAGCUUCAGGAUGAGCUCCUUAAACUUCAGGGCCGCUUGUCAACGGAUGGUGACUGUAAUUCCCGGCUUCAAGUCGACUACAACCGAUUAAUUCACAGUUACGAGCAAAAGGAGAAGAGAUUGCAAACCUUAAGUCAAGAAUUGGCUGAGGUCCAGCAAAGUAUUGGGCAGCUCAGCAGUACCAAGAACCUUAUACUCGACAAGUUGGAUGGGGUACCAGUAGCUGGAGUAUUGCAAACACCAGUUUCUUGCAGUGGAUUUUCUUCCGAAGGACAACUUGACCAAAUUAAACUGCAACAAGAAGUAGAACGCUUGAACAAGAUGUUAGAGGGAAAGGAGGCUUCAAUAGUUGAACUUCAAAAUAACAUAAAAUCAUUGAGCUCUCAGGCAGCAGAUGCUGAAAUGGGCAAAAAGGAACAAGAUGCUACUGCCCUGGAGAUGAAACAUGUCAGGGAAAGAAAUGAGGAGCUUCAAAGAUCAUUCAGGGAAAAAGAUCUUCUCAUUAAAUCAAAAAGUGAUCAGUUGUCAUCAGUGACCGAGAACCUAAGGAACAGGGAUGCUGAAAAUGAAGUUUUGAAGCAAGCUGUCACUAAUCUGAAAGAGCGAAUUUCAUUUUUAGAGAUGGAUGUUCAUAAAGUCCAAGAAGAGAACGACCAAAUUGUGGCGAAAUCGAGAGAAAAAGAAACUGAAUUUCGAGCCCUGCAGGAGACUAAUAUGCAGUUUUCUAUGAUGUUGAGAGAAAGGGAAUUUGAGACCAAUUCCAUGAAAGAAAAGGCUUCUGCUUUAGAAAAACUGCUGAAGGAGAAAGAAGAGGGAAAGACUGGUGAGUUAAAUCAACUGCUGAAUGAAGUGAAAUCAAUGCAAGAGCAAGCUGGGAUGUUUCAGCAUGAGAGAGACCAAGUAAUGCUGGCCCUCAAACAGAAACAGAUGGAAAACUCUGCAUUAGUGAAUGAGUUGCAGCACACACGUGAUAAAGAGCAGCGUUUGAACCAGGAUUUGCAGCGAUUGAGACAACAUUUAAUUGAGAUGGAAGAGUCAUACACCAAAGAGGCCUUGGCAGCUGAGGACCGAGAGGCAGAGCUGAGGAAGAGGGCUACUCUUCUCGGGGAAAAGUUAGCAUCCUCAUCUUCUGCUGUGGAAAAUGCCAGCCACCAAGCCAGCCUCCAAGUGGAGUCCUUGCAGGAGCAGCUUCAAGCUAUUGCAAAGCAGCGAGAUGAAGCAGUGAUGCAAUUGAAUACGUCUCAAGAACAAGUGAAGCAGUAUGCAAUGUCACUAACUAACCUGCAGAUGGUGAUAGAGCAAUUCCAGCAGGAGGAGAAAGCGAUGUAUGCAACUGAAUUGGAGAAGUAUCAGAAGGACAUUGCCGAGUGGAAGAAGAAAGCAUCAAAUCUUGAGAAAACAGUCACAGAUUUAGAGCAACAUUUAAAAGAAGCAAAUGAGGCUCUAGAUUCUGCAUCAAGACUAGCUGAGCAAUUGGACCUUAAAGAGGAGCAACUGGAAGAUCUUAAAAAACAAGUUGUGACUCAACAGGAUAUGUUGGAAGAUGCACAGAGAAAACUGCUGAACCUUGUCAAUAACAGUGAAGGUAGAAUUGACAAGGUCUUGAUGAGAAAUUUAUUUGUGGGUUUCUUCCAUACUCCAAAGAACAAGCGUGAUGAAGCAUUAAGACUGUUGGGAAAUGUUUUGGGGUUAAAGAAAGAAGAGAUUAAAGAGCUCUUGGACAGUGAGCAUCGUGGUGUUACUGGUUGGGUCACUAGUUGGCUUGGUGUUAACCGAGGUGGUGGAACGCAAAGUUUCCCAAGUACGCCACAGAGACCAAACCAGAAUCCUGACCUCAACAAUUCUUUCUCACAAAUGUUUGUGAAGUUCCUGGAAGUAGAAUCUCGACCUUCCCUCCCACCACUAAAACUUCCAGUUUACGAUGUGCACCCAGUUGGAGCCAUGUCUGGAAGCAGCCAUCCAUCCAGCAGCUACUCUGGCCAUACUGCAGGUACUUUAGGAGAGGGUUUGGUGAAAAAAUCUGACUCGAAUCCUUUCUUGGCACCACGAUCUGCUGCCAUCCCCCUCAUCACAUCAACAGCCUCUAGUGGUGUUGGGGCGCCUCAUCUCCUCAUGAAACCAAUCUCCAAUGCUCUUCCUACCUUCACACCUCUACCAGUGUCUCCAGAUUCUAGUGCUGGAGCUGUACUUAAAGAUCUCCUCAAAUAGUGAAAGAACUGGAGCGAACUACUACAGCACUUUAAAGUGAAAUGACACUAUAGACUCUUGUUGCACAGAGGGACCUUCUUCAGUGUGCACAAAGUCUCCCAAGUGUUAUUUACAUCUUUUCAAAUACUCUUCUUUAGUUAGAAAAGCUAAGUCUAUGAAGAUUGCAAGAAUGCCAGCCCACUGUCCAACUAGAGAAGGUUUGCCCAAGAUGUAGAACACUUUCUGCCUCUCUAAAAGCCUAGCUAUGAAUACUUGUACUAAAAACACAAGGUGAUCAUUAUUACUGACUGUAAAUACUGAUAUCUGGCACUUAACUGAGACCUGUGGUGUUGGAUAAUUACCGUUUAAAAAAAAAAUUUACAGAUGCUGCUGAGAUUCAGUAUCCUUCCAAAAUCCUAAUGGGAUUUAUCUGGUUGGAAUCUGUAUGCAGUAAUGGAUUUCCAUUUCCAUCCCCUCUUGAGAAAAAGUAAAACCUCAUCAGUAGAGUUCCAAAGAAAUACAUUUGCAGUGUUGCAUACUUAAAACCUACUAUGACUGGACUGCCUCUUGUAACUUAUUAUACUGUUGUAUGCGAUACCUGCCAUGGUUGUAAAUGGUUUACUUUACUCUGUGUUGCUGCAUUUAACCAAGGUGACACCAGUGGUGGACAAGCUUUACUUUGAUUUUUUUAUUUUAUUGUAUGAAAAGAAUGAAUUGGUAACCUCCACCUCCCUACCCUCACCUAUGCAGGAGGUUCAAGAAAUUUGGUGGUGAAGGCUCCUUAAUUUAAACAAAAAUUGUCUAUUAGUCUGCUAAGCAAUUGUGAAUCUAAAUAUAAAUUAAAGUAUUGGUUCAAUAGAGGAUGUUUUGCUAUUUUGAAUGGGCGAAUUCCAUAGGAAAUCUUUAGAAGUUUCCAAUUCUAAAGACAAAAGCCUGGUAAGUCUUUGGAAUUUUUGUUGUUUUAAUUUAAACCAUCAGCAACCUGGCUGCAGGUAGCUUGAAAUGUAUUCACUCACUGACCAAUGGAGCCAUCUUAGCCCUCCAGGUGCCCGGAUAGGUUUUUGUUUUGGUUUGCUGAAUGAGUUUAUUUUGAAUAUUUCAAAGAGGCCUGAUGUUCAUAAGCACAACAGAUAUCCCAGAUAUACAAAGGAUUUCAUUGAGCACUGAAAUUGGAGUAAAUAACUUCGGUACUAUUUCAACUGCGUGGUAAAGGGUAGAAAUCCUUUUCAAUCAUGCCUGCAGAGAAUAAUCUAUAAAUGUGUUUGAUGCUGGUUAGUGCCAAGAGAUCUGUACUUUUUUUGCAGAUGAUGUUGGUCUGAUGAUCUAUUGAUCUUAUGUUAUGAUUCUGUUGGAGUAAUUUGUAUGAUUCUGGACCUGAGACUAUAAAGUCACUUCAGGCCUUUCUGUUGUACAUUAUUCUAGAUUACACCUCACUGUAUCAGUGAGAGAGACAGCGAUCACCAGCUUACAACAGAACUCUUUGUAUAAAUUGUUUGCUGUUUCCACAGCUUAUGUUCCAUCUUACAAAUGUCUACAGAUUUAUAAUAACCAUUUGAGCUCUAAAUUAUCCAGAGUUGAUUUAAUGUAUUGAUAUUUGGUGUGAAAUAUUGUAGUUAACCUGAAGAGUGACAUCUCUUGGAUAUAUUAUAGUAAACUCUAAUUUUGUUAAAAAUAUUCAGGUUCAUCAUUAAAAUGAUUCGGGAAUUUCUGUGUAUGUGU